GUGGGCGCCAUUAGCCACACUGUCCCAAUUCCCAUCGUCCGAGACUCCGAGGUCCCACAGCUCACUCUCCACUCCACUCCACUCCCCUCGGCGGUCGGCGCCGCGGCGUCACGGUCGCGGCCGAUCCUCCCGCCGCCGGCUGGCCUGCGAGCCAGGGCCCCCUCCUGUGCAUGUCAUCCAGGAUCCGCCGCUCGUUCCAUGGUUUCGACUCGCCGCUCUGCACGGAGGGGCGGCAACGGCCCACUCGCGGCCGACGGAGCGCCAUCCGAGCUCGCCCUCGACGCCCCUCCGCCGCCCUCCGUUCCCCGCCGGCUGUCGCGCGAUGCUUCGCCUCCAGAGUGGCCCGGCCGACCUAGGGAGAAAGUCAGCUUUGUUAUCUCUAUCGAUGACACACUGAAGCAGCCUGUGGGGGCAGAUAAACAGGACAGGCAAGGGAGGGACAUUGUGGUGGUCGAGGAACCAGAUGAGAUGGAUGAAGAUUCGAUGUCACUGGAGGAACCACCAAGCUGGCUUCCUGAUGGUUGGAUCAUGGAGGUUUUCUGUGAUGACGACAGCUCCAUCUACCGUUAUUACACUUCCCCAGUGUCCGGAUACACAUUCACAUCAAAGAUGGAGACAAUAGAAUAUCUUUUCUCAGGGAUGGAAGAACGUAUGCUGGAGUCACAGGAAAGAACUGAGGACAACGAGCUUCAUGGUUCUCAUACAUGGCUUCCUGGUGGGUGGUUAAUUGAGGUCAGAGCUGGUGGGAAGAAAAUGAAUAAAAUGUACAAGUUCUAUUUUCACCCGCCUACUGGUAUGCGAUUCUUGUCGAAAGGAGAAGUGUUGCGCUAUGUUAAUGAGGGGAAGAUUGCUGCAUGUGAUACGGAUGUGCUGUGUGACACAAGCACUGAUGAUAAUAUACUUGCACUUGUGGAAUUCAGUCCAGAUGGUCUACCAGGUGGAUGGGUGAAAGAAACGAUAUUUAGAAAGUGCAAUGAUGGAAUAAGAAAAGAUCCGUAUUACACCGAUCCUACUAGUCAUCGCGUAUUUCGUACGCUUAAGUCUGUAUUGAGCUACCUUGGCACUGGAGAAAUAUCUAAGCACGCCUAUUUACCAAGGAGAAAUGUCAUUGACAUGUAUUCAUUUGACAAGUGUGCAGAUCUGCCUCAAAGUAUGCUGAAAAGACUAAAAGCAGAAGGACAAACAAAGCACAAGUCGAGGAGAGCACUGGUUUUGAACAAGGAAUUACCUAAUGACCAGACUUCAAAUCACUCUGAAGGUGGGUUAACUCCAAAGUCUGAUCCCAAAGGAAAUAAGUUUGCCAAUGAGAAAGCUACAAGCACACAUGAAAUUGGUUCAGAGGCUACCAGACGACGAAGAGGGAGGCCAAAGAAAAUCUUGAAGCAAACGAAUGAAAGUAUUUCAGAUCGUCAUAGGAGACAUUAUGAGACAAAGCACAAUGAGGUGAAAGAGGAAGUGGAUAUUGGUGUUGAGCAAGGCAUGCCGAAUGGGAAGAGUAAAGAGCAUACUGAGAUGUUGUCGGAGUGCACUACAGUAAUCCAGGAAGUGGAAAAUAAUAGCAGCAUAUCAGAAAGGAACUUGUCGUGGAAGGGAGACGAAUCUGAUUUGGUGGCUGGCCCGCGCUUGGAGAGCCAAGAGAAUGGCAGAUUGACUGAAGCUGGUGAGAAGGCAACGUGCUCCUCAGUUCACAAAUUUUACAAGAGAUGUAGCAACCAGAUGCACGGCUCGAAUAAAGGAUAAAUUAGAUCAAGUUGCCUGGUAAGUUUGGAUCUCGUCUCCAAAAGAUCAACCAGGCUGAUCGUUGGUCUUGAGGAAAUAUCCAAUACAACUGAAAUUGCCAACAACUGAACGCAUAUAUCAAAAAUAAUCAACUAGGGCCUUAAUCAGGGGACAAAAUUUCAACUGAAGUUGAUCUCUGUGUCCAGCUUUUCCGGAUUUCCUUCCAUUAUCAGGGGCGUGAAGCGAAAAUAAAUGAAAUAGUCCAUUUGAUUCUUGUAUCGGGGAACUGAUUACUGCUUAAAGCAAGCAGGAUGUUAAUAUUGAUAACAGCGACUUUGACACUCUCAAGGUUGACUUUGUAAAAUUGACACUCUCCUUGUUAACAUUUUGAUUUUUUUGACA